UAAACCACUCUACAAAACCAGAGGCACUGGAUUCAGCAGUGACAUCAGCAAAAGAUGCUGAAGAAAUAAAGAAUGUUAUAUGUGUAGAAGAACAAAGCAACGGUCUCAAGAAAGCUACGAAGGAUACUUGCACUGCAAAUGGAAGUACUGCUGUAAGCAGUGAAACAUCUGACUGGGAUAUGAACUCUCGUGAUAAAGUUAAUGCCCAGGACUCCUUAAAUGAUAGCACUGAUCAUAAAGUGGACAGUGAGGUCGCUAAUGAUUUGACAAAUACAAAAGAAUCUCAGAUUUUUUCAGAGCAAGGUGAUAGAACAGGGAUAGAGAAGCAGCAAACCCAAGACAAGACAACCAAUGACUUGGACUUUGAACUGUCUAGUGACAGCGACAGUGACGGUGGAUUGGAUACCAGAAAGUCGUCCACUUCUGUAUCAGAUAGUGAGAAUGAGGAAAAAAGAAGCUGGAAGAAAUCCAACCAACCUGUGCAGGAUGUUAAUUUGCAGAAAGGGAGUUGCACUGAUGCGAGUGAGAAAAAGGAUGGUCUGGUGAACCAUUCUGGGGACACGCAAUCUCUGCCUAGUGACAGUAUUCAUGACAAAAGUGAUCUUGAAGCACAAGAAGAAAGUGAACAGGAAAGCCUUUGUGAUUUAGGAAAUGGGUGUGCAGACAAGAAAGAGGCUGAAACGGAGUCUCAGAACAGCGAACAGUCUGGGAUUACUAUGGGUGAGUCCUUAGACCAGAGUAUGGAGGAAGAGGAGGAGGAGGAUGAUACAGAUGAUGAUGAUCAUUUAAUAUACCUCGAAGAGAUCCUUGUGCGAGUUCACACUGAUUAUUACACAAAGUAUGAUAAAUACCUGAAAAAAGAAAUUGAGGAAAUUCCGGACAUCAGAAAAAUAGUGCCAGAACUGAAAAGUAAAGUGUUGGCAGAUGUAACCAUAAUAUUUAGCGGACUCUACCCAACAAACUUCCCCAUUGAGAAAACACGGGAACACUAUCAUGCCACAGCACUUGGAGCUAAAAUUGUGAAGAAUCUGGUACUGAGCGCUGAUGAUCCUGACAAAGCAACACAUCUCAUUGCAGCAAGGACAG